AUGCUCGUUCAGUAUGGCAUCAAAGCAUGCCAGCAAUAUAAACACUGGCUAGUAGCGUCAGCCGUGCUGGCCUGCCUUCUGUUCUAUGCUUCAAACGUGAUAUUAACCGCCCGAAUGUCCACUGUGUCAGAGAGAGCGGGUAAUUCAACUCUGGGAUUUGAGAGAAUAUUCUACAUCAGCCUGCCACAACGGACGGAUCGGCAAGAUGCUAUGAGCCUGGUAGCCGCUGUUUCAGGUCUGUCUUUGACCCUUGAGCAUGGGGUCAAUGGCAGCUUGAUGAGUUCAAAAGCCCGACCGGAGUACAGUGAAUCGCUUCGACCUGAGCAGCUAGGAAGCUGGCGUAGUCAUGCCAAUACGUGGAAACGAAUAAUCGACGAGAAAGUUGAGACAGCCUUGAUCAUGGAGGAUGAUGGUGACUGGGAUGUCAACGUGCGUGAUAUCUCAAAAGAACUUUCUCGGCAACUAUCUCGACAAUCCCUUUUCUCUGAGCUCAUGCCCACAAAAUCGCCGAAGAUCGCACCCUAUGGUCCCGGAUGGGACGUAUUGUAUCUGGGCACAUGCUGGGAUAUUCCAAAUAUUGAUACCCGACCCCCAUCGUUUGCGUACCAUGACCCUCACGCUCCAUCUCGAACAGAGCUGGCGCCAUCCUUUACUGGGGAGCUUGAAGGAUGGGGGCUAAAAGUCACGGGCAACACGCGGCAUCGUCUUGUUGCGCCGUCCUGGUACCCUGUCUGCACAUUGGGAUAUGCCGUGACAAACCGCGGAGCACAGAAGCUCCUGUACAAUCUGGGUGGCUACAGAGGUAUUGGCUCCCCAGUGGACUUGGCGAUAAUCGACCUUAUACAAAACAAUGUGAUUAAAGCCUACACCAUAAUCCCGCCUUUGUUUACAACAUACCGAACGCGGACUACGAAAGACAGUGACAUCGACGAGGAUACGUACACGCGAGAGAGUGCGGAGAAUAUACCUGUAGGAUCUGAGAACCUGAGAUCAAGUGCACGAAAGGCUCUUUCCUGGAUGGGAGAACAACUGGGAUAA